GAAGUGAAAGAGAAGCUGAACGAUGGUGAAGGUAGCAACCUACUUUGCUAUGACUUUGGGAGCUUUUGUGUUCUGGCAAUCCAUGGAUAAAGUCCACGUCUGGAUCGCUCUCCAUCAGGACGAAAAGCAAGAAAGACUGGAAAGGGAAUUGGAAAUUAAGAGGGUUAGAGAAGAGCUGCUGCAGCAAGCCAAACAAAGGGAGACUCAAGCAUGAUCUACUCGAUUGAUUUUCUUGUACCCUGGUUUCCCUUUGUUUCCUCUACUUCUGAUUUUGUUUGAGCAUAGCUCUCUUGAACAGUCUCAUGGUUCUGGAAUAAUUUAACUUGGCAUUCAUGGGAUAGCUAAGUUUUGUCGUAUGAAUGACUUUGUGUAAGAUUUCGAAAAUGAUAUCAUAUUUUUCAAUGUUAUAGUGACGCUUUGAAAUGUUAAUUACCUUAUGUUCAGGCACA